AAGGCCGCAAAGCAUCUCAUCAAAACCCAAUACACCGGCGGCGCCGCGAUUCACCGCCUCUUGCCGCCGUACGCCGUGAGUAUUGAAGGUGUAAACUGAAAGAGCAGUUCUUCCUCUCUUUUUUUCCCUCAAAUCUUUGUUCUCGUUUAUAGUUGGGCUUCAUUAAUGGUUUAAUUGACGUUAAUUACGAGUUAGUUAAUUGAGUUUCGUUAGAUUUCUGCUUAGGGGUUGAACAUUUUAAAGUGAGAUUUCGGUUUGAUAAUUUCCAAACGAGAAACGAACGAGGAGGUUUUGGUUUGAAAUCCGACGGUCAAGAUGCCGAGCACGAUUCAGAAAGCGAUCGGAGCCGUUAAAGAUCAAACCAGCAUAGGACUAGCGAAGGUAGCUAGCAACAUGGCGCCGGACCUCGAGGUGGCGAUCGUGAAAGCUACGAGCCACGACGAUGACCCUGCCAGCGAGAAGUACAUCCGUGAGAUCCUGAAUUUGACCUCCUACUCGCGCGGCUACGUCCACGCCUGCGUGUCGGCGGUGUCGAAACGGCUAGGGAAGACUCGUAAUUGGAUCGUUGCGCUCAAAGCACUGGUGCUUGUUCAUAGGCUGUUAAAUGAGGGAGAUCCUCUGUUUCAGGAAGAGAUCUUGUAUGCUACCAGGAGAGGUACUAGGUUGUUGAAUAUGUCGGAUUUUCGAGACGAAGCUCACUCGAGCUCGUGGGAUCACUCUGCUUUUAUAAGAACUUAUGCUAUGUAUUUGGAUCAAAGACUUGAACUGAUACUUUUCGAUAGGAAAAGCGGUGGAGGUAGUGACGCCGGGGGAAGUAAUCAUGGGAGUGGUGAUGAUAGAUACGGAAGACGAGAUAAUUUUCGGUCACCGCCACCGAGGCCCUACGAUGAUAGAUACGGUGGACGAGACGAUUUCCGAUCACCACCACCGAGGCCAUACGAAUAUGAUUAUGGUGAUUCCAGAGGUGAUAAUGGAUAUGGAAAUUAUGGGAUGCCUAGGAGAACAAGGUCUUAUGGUGAUAUGAGAGAAACAAUGGAGAGGAGAGAUGGGAGAGAGGAGAAGAAAACAGUGACUCCAUUGAGGGAGAUGACUCCUGAGAGGCUUUUCGGGAAGAUGGGUCACUUGCAGAGGUUGUUAGAUCGGUUCUUGUCGUGUCGGCCUACAGGAUUGGCAAAGAAUAGUAGGAUGAUCGUGAUCGCUUUAUAUCCGGUUGUGAAAGAGAGUUUUCAGUUAUAUGCAUAUAUUUGCGAGGUUUUGGCUAUGCUGCUCGAUAGGUUUUUCGAUAUGGAGUACCCCAAUUGUGUUAAGGCAUUUGAUGCAUAUGCAAGUGCAGCAAAACAGAUCGACGACUUGAUCGCAUUUUAUAAUUGGUGUAAGGAAACCGGUGUGGCUAGAUCAUCGGAGUAUCCCGAGGUGCAAAGGAUUACCAGUAAGUUACUGGAGACAUUGGAGGAGUUUGUGAGGGAUAGAGCUAAGCGGCCAAAGAGUCCUGAGAGGAAAGAGCUGCCUCCUCCUAAAGAGGAAAAGUCUGCACCAGAUAUGAAUGAAAUAAAGGCCCUACCUGCUCCAGAAAACUACACUCCACUACCACCACCACCAGAGCCCGAGCCUGUUAAGCCCGCGGAGCCGCAAGAGGAUCUAGUGAAUUUGACGGAUGAUAAUGUCACUGCCGAUGAUCAAGGGAACAAAUUUGCUUUGGCUUUAUUCAACGGCCCGGCUAGCAACGGUAAUGGAUCUUGGGAAGCUUUCUCAUCGAACGGUCCCGAAGUGACAUCCGCUUGGCAAAACCCCUCUGCCGAGCCGGGGAAGGAAGAUUGGGAGCUGGCUUUGGUUGAGACAGCUAGUCAUUUGUCAAACCAGAAGGCAGCUUUGGGUGGCGGCCUUGAUCCACUAUUGUUGAACGGCAUGUAUGAUCAGGGAAUCGUAAGGCAACACGUUAGCACCACACAGUUGAGCGUGGGUAGUGCGAGCAGUGUGGCAUUACCAGGCCCCGGGAAGACAACGACACAAGUUUUAGCCCUUCCGGCACCCGAUGGAACAGUUCAGAAUGUCAAUCAAGACCCAUUCGCCGCAUCUUUGAUCAUCCCUCCUCCGUCGUAUGUACAAAUGGCCGACAUGGAGAAGAAACAACAUUUUCUUGUCCAGGAGCAGCAAGUGUGGCAGCAAUAUUCAAAGGAAGGGAUGCAAGGUCAAGCUAGUUUGGCCAAAAUCGGUAACCCUGGAUACUACGGACCCAGGAUGCCUUACGGAAUGCCACCGGUCAAUCCGAUGGGGCCGCCUGCCGGGUAUUACUACCCUCCUUAUUGAUUUCUCCAUAUAUGAUACAGAUACAUUAUCUUUUCUAGUUUUCUUUUGAGACUUAUUGUGGGGAUUCUAUUUACUUUCUCAUGUAAUCCUCUCCUUACAUCCAUUGAACCGUCUCUGCAAUGAUUCUAUUUAUUAUUGAGUUGAGUAGUUUAUGGGCUGUUUAAA